AUCAGCCUUUAUAUCUAAAUCAUGAACCCAUUUUGACUUUAUUUUGGUAUACGGUGUGAAAAUGUGGUACAAUUCUUAAUUAGGUGGCUGCUUGAUAGGAUUUUCUGUGUUAGGACUAUCUGGAGUCUAUUGCCAUUGGAUUCCAGUCUCUUGCCUCCCCACCAGAAGUCUAUAGGGGUCAGGCUGCCCUAUAUAAACAAGACUGCAACCACAGACUGUUCUUUGAGUCACCUUUACAGGCCCACCCCCACUCCACAACUAAAUUUGUUCUAGUAGUGAUUUUGGCUCUUCAAUAGACCUUGGGCAAAAUUCCAUCUCUCUGAGACUUUUUUCAUCUGUAAAAUGAAGGGGUUAGAUUAAGGUCAGGGGUUCUUAAUUUUUUUUGUUUUUGGUCAUGUACUCCUUUAUCAGUUUUAUGAAGUUUUACGGACCCCUUCAAAGCAUAAUGUUUUGUACCUGCAUUCAAAAUUGAAGGAAAUGUUAAAUUUCAGUUAGAGGUUAGUGAAAAUAAAGAUGUCAACUUUUUCCCCCAUUCCAGUUGACAGAAGAAUCCCUGAUAUUUGAUCCAAGUACUAUGGACCCUAGGUUAAGAACUCCUGGGAUAGAUAAGUAUCUCCCAGAUCUAAAUCCUAGCAUUCAUUAAUGCAAGGAAAUAUAGAAAUUACCUACUCCCCUUCAUUUUACAAAUGUUCAAAAUAUGACCUAACAAGUAGGUAAUCAAUGAGUAUUUGCUGAAUGAAUGAUUGCAUGAAUGAGUGAAUGAAUGAAUUCUGCAACCCCCUACACCUGCCAUUCUGGUUCUUUUGCCUUGCCUGAGGAUGUUUGCCUUGCUCUGCCCCACUGUUUUACCUAUCAAACUGCAGAAGUUAAAAGAUGUCAGCUUCCUGCAAAUAUCUAUGCUGACCACAUGCUCAGUUUACUUGUAUUCAUCCAGGCUGUGUUUGUUCUAGGCUUUGGUCAAUGCCUUUAGAAAUGUGUACUGUGGGUCACAAGAGAGGGCACAAAGAUAAGCUAGUCAAAGUUCAAUUGCACAUAACACAGCUCCUAUGUUUUCCUCUAGGGGCAGGACAGGGUCCAUCCUCUUCAGUGCACAGAUCAUUUCAGCAAAACAUGGGGUGGGGAGCAUUCUGAAAAGGAAUGUCCUCCUAGUCCUGGAAUAAAAUACUUUAGGCCUCUCAAAUUAAACCCUGUAAACUAGGAUUUGGGAGCCAGCAGAAGCAGGAAAGGCAAAGAGAGGGGCAUUCCUGUGACUUGGAAAUACCGGGCAGGUUCAGGGUUGCAAUGAGGACACUACCUCAACUGGCUGUUCUCCUGCUCCUCCUAAGGGUAGUGGUCCAACGGGAGGGACCAUCUCGGUCUCAUUCUCUUCAAUUUCUCUUCAUGGGGGCAUCACAUCCUGAUUUAGGACUCCCUUCAUUUGUAGCCCUUGGCUAUGUGGAUGAGCACUUAUUUGUGUACUAUGAUCAUGAAAGCCGAAAGGCAAAACCCCGGGGCCCAUGGAUACAGAAGGAUGAAACAGAUACGUUUUGGAUGAAACUUACUCAGAGUCUGAAGGGAUGGGAUCACAUGUUCAUUAUCGACCUUUGGACCAUAAUGGACAAUCACAGCCAAGGUCAGGGUUCUCAUAUACUACAGGUAAUGCUUGGCUGUGAGCUCCUGGUGGAAGACAACAGAAGCAGAAGUUUCUGGAAAUAUGGCUAUGAUGGUCAAGACUAUCUCAUCUUCCAUCCAGAGACAACGAACUGGACAGCAGUUCAGCCUGAAGCCCAGGCCACAAAGCAGGAAUGGGAGAUGAACAAGAUCCGAGCAAAGCAACAUCGAGCUUACCUAGAAAGAGACUGCCCCGAGACGCUACAAAGAUACUUAGACAUUGGAAGUGAAAUCCUGAAUAAAAAAGUGCCCCCAUUGGUGAGAGUGACCCGACACAUCACUCAUGAAGGUGUUAUCACUCUGAGAUGCCAAGCUCACAACUUCUCCCCAGUGAACAUCACAUUGGCCUGGUUAUGGGAUGGGAAGCAACUGAACCAAGGAACUAAGCUUGGGGACAUCCAUCCCAGCGGGGAUGGAACCUUCCAGAUAUGGAUAGCUGUGGAUGUUACCCCAGGAGAAGAACAGAGAUAUGCCUGCCAAGUAGAGCACCCAGGAUUAGACCAGCCCCUCAUUAUGACCUGGGAGCAUCGUCCACUGUCUGUCACCCUGGCUACUGGGAUCACCACCGGGAUCAUUGUUAGCAUUAUCAUUACCACCAUAGUUGUCAUCAUCUGGAAAAAGAGGAAGGUGUCAAGCUUCUUAUCUCCACAGGAGGAUUGAUCAGGAACUAUAUCCUGACUGAAGUAAACUGAUCCAGCUGGAGGAGAAAUAGUAAGAGUUGGACAUUCUGCUAAUCAUCAGCUGCCAAUAAUCCCAGUGGAAAGAGCCCUGGAAGGUGGCUAUAUACCCAUCACCACCAUCCUUUCACCUUCUACAUUACCCAUGGACAUCAAAGGAUCCAGACUCUGAGUGGGUCUCAGACUCUCUUCUGAACAAUAUUAGAGUUCAUGUUAUCCCUCAAUGGCAGUUCCCUGAAGAUAAACAUAGGACACUGAUUAAAGUUAUGAUAAAAUUGGCAGAGUCUGUUUCAUAGGGUUUCUGAAUCUUGAUGGAAUUGCUAUAGUAUUCAGCCACAAACAACAAGUCUCUGGAGAAUUUAUUCAAUCUCAAAAGAGAAUGCUCUUUAGUUAAUUUACUUUCACAAGUGACUCUCACUUAUCAUUUCUAGUCUUCUUUUAUAUUUCUCUCCCUCAGGCAUUCUCCAUUCCAGUCAAAUUGGCCAGCUAACUGUACAUAGCAUCAUAUCUGCCACCUAGGUGCCUUUACAUAGGUUGUGCCACCAUACCUAGAAUGCACUCCCUUCAUCUUCUCUGCCUCAGACAAGUCCCUGACAUUCAACCAAGCACAGCUCAGAUGCCACCUCAUAUAUAAACCCUUUCCUGAUUUAAUUGUAUACUAUUCUCUCCCUCUUUAAACGAUUUUGUAUGUCCUUUGUACUUACUUAUCUGUAUAAAUCUUAUCUGUAUACAGUUGGUAGAAUGUAAACUCCUUGAGGAAAGACUAUUUUGUUUUU